AUGGGUCUAGCUCGCACGAAUGCAGAGAGCCGCCCCCUCAUCACGACCUCAUUACCAAGCAUCGAACAGUCCCUUCCCACGCAGAAAGACCUCUACUACGCAGGCGGCUGGCAUAAGCCUAGAAACGGCGACUACAGAGACACCUUUAACCCUGGGAAUGGCCAAGUAAUUGACAAGAUCAGUCAUGCCGGCGUCGACGAUACCGUUGCCGCAAUCGAAGCAGCCAACAAAGCAUUUCCGACAUGGCGAGCAACACCUCCACAGCAGAGAGCAGCGACCAUGCGGAAGGCAGCCACAGUCCUUCGAGAGCAUGCCUCAGAUCUGGCACUCUUGGAUGCCUAUAACACUGGCAAUCCCGUCGCAGAGAUGCUUGCCGAUGCCAAUGUCGCAGCAGCGCAGCUUGACUACUUUGCUGGACUCAUUCCAAUGCUCAAGGGUGAAACCAUACCAGGGGCAGACGAUCACUUCCAUUACACGCUGAGAGAGCCACUUGGCGUGGUAGCUCGUAUCGUCGCGUUCAACCAUCCUGUCAUGUUCGCUGCCGGUAAAAUGGCGGCACCUCUAGCAGCUGGAAACACUGUGAUCGUCAAGCCCCCAGAACAGGCUCCUUUGUCGUGUUUGCGGCUAGCAGAGAUCUUUGCAGACGUGUUCCCGCCCGGUGUGGUCAACGUUCUCCCGGGCGGCGGCGAGUGUGGCAAGACGUUGAGCAGCCACAGACUGGUCAGGAAGGUGACGCUGAUUGGGAGUGUAUUGACGGGAAGAGCUAUCGCCAGAUCAGCAGCAGAUACGCUGAAGCCGACGCUUUUCGAGCUAGGCGGCAAGAAUGCUUUGAUCGCUUUUCCGGACGCAGAUAUGGAGAAGCUGGUCGUCGGUAUAUCGAGAGGGAUGAACUUCACCUGGGCUGGCCAAUCUUGUGGGUCGACUUCUCGCGUGUUCCUGCACGAUUCGAUACAUGAUGAAGUGCUGGAUAAGGUAGUCAACUACGUCAAAGCUAACUUCAAGCCUGGAGUACCGACCGAGAUGGCGACGACAAUGGGUCCCGUGAUCAGCAAAGCAGCUGAGGAGCGGGUACUCGGCUACAUCGAGUCAGGAAAGCAGGAGGGCGCAAAGCUGGUCUGUGGUGGUCGAAAGCCAGACGGCGACGACAAAAUCAAGGGCGGGUACUUCAUCGAGCCCACGAUCUUCUCGAACGUCAAGCCGGAGAUGAAGAUUGCCCGGGAAGAGAUCUUCGGCCCGGUCAUGUCUAUCUUCAAAUGGACCGAUGAAGCUGAGAUGCUGAAGCAGGUCAACGAUACGGAGUAUGGUCUGACAGCAUCGAUCUACACGCGAGACAUUGCAACAGCUCAAGACGUUGUGCGGAAGGUCGAGGCUGGGUUUGUUUGGGUCAACCAGGUCGGCAGGCACUUCUUGGGCGUACCGUUCGGCGGCUACAAAGAGUCAGGCGGUGGUCGGGAGGAGAGCUUCGAGGAGAUGCUGUCCUUUACGCAGAUGAAGACUGUUAAUGUUUCUAUUGCGAGGUAG